UGGGAUCCUGACCUGAGCCAAAGGCAGACGCUUAACCGACUGAGCCACCCAGGCGCCCCUCAAAUAAAUAAAAUCUUUGAAAAAAGAUAGAAAGAGAGAGAGAGAAGACAAAAAGGGGAAAUAGGCUGACUGCUUCCGACCAGCCCUCCCUGAUGUCAGUACCUCAACAAGGCUAAGUCAGUGCUUCUUGACCAGGCCUCAGCUUUGUGGGGCUGGUACAGAAUUUCAUCUCCACUCCCUGGGGUAACCAGGCCUAGGCAACCAAAACACAAUUUCCCAAAACUCACAGAUGACUGAAGGAGCUGUGUGUGAGCUCGCCCAUUUGCCAGUUAACCACAAGGUAUUUCUCUCUGGCCAGAUUCCAGAUGUGGGUCUUAGCUUAGAACCUUUGUGGUGGGCAUUCCUUUAAAGUGGCCUUCUUACAGACAUGGGUCACAAGUUAUCUUAGUAAGCAAAGAAUUAGAACAACGGUAAUUAGAUGUUUUUGAGAAAUAUUGUCAUUCAGCUGGGGGAGCUGGAUUUGUUUCCAUUCUUCAAAUCAGGAUGUCUAGAAAAUCAGGAUUAGGGCUUUCAAACCAGAGAUGAAUCUCCUUUGAACCAGCUCUAUAUGUCCUGAAAAUUCUUGUUUCUCAGCCUGCCUUUAACUGCACUCCAUACAGUGUACUUUGGACCAUCAGAUUGGAUAUGUUGGAUGAUUGGAUUAACUUAAAACUUCUUUUGCAUUAAAUGCAUUCCGGUUCUGAACAUAGAUCCUAAUUGAUCACCUUGAUUAGACUGAGAAACUCUGGUCUCAAAAUCUAUUCUCCUGGGGAGUGCCUCCAGAAGCAUUCUAGUCCCUGUGUCUCCACUUAUAAAUUGGCACUUAAUUUGAAUUAUUUGGCAGGUGGCUAAAAGCAUCUGUUCUUUAUUGAUUUUGAUGGAUUCCAUUUCAGAGAGUGACUUUUUUGACCUUGUUACCAAAUUCAAGGGAAAGACACCAUAAUGUAACCCUCCUACACAUUACCAAAAUAUUAAAGUUUCCAAAUUUAUAUUUACAAAUUUAUUUUAUAUAUAUAUGUAUAUUUAUAUAUCCAUCCUUGGGAAAGAGCAUGAGAAUUAAGAACUUCAGGAUAGGGGCACCUGGCUUGCUCAGUCAGAGGAGCAUAUGACUCUUGAUCUCGGGGUCAUGAGUUCAAGCCCCACGUUGUCUAUAGAGAUUACUAAAAAUAAGUACACUUAAAAAAAAAAAAGAACUUAAGGAUAAUAAAAAUACAAAACUAAAAAAAGGAAAGAAAGAAAGAGGCACGGAACUCCCUGGCAGGUGACAGGAGCAGUCAUGAUGCCUCCGUCCACAGGGCCUGUGAGGUAUGUCUGGUCAAUGGAAGAUGUAAUAGCAAUGUCCUCAGGCUUGCUCCCACCUCUGCCCUUCCUCCAAGGCCACCUUCUCUGUGCUGCUCUUCUAGUUGGCUCCCUUAUUAUCUGUCCUACUGAACUUCCCUUGGCCUCUCACCUUUGGUCCCUCCCAUUGCCCAGCUGUCUGCCACCCACAUUCCCCUGGAUCAUCCACGUGGUCUUUUACUUGGCCCCAUCCCACCUUCCCUCCCUCUUUUCCCUUCAGUUUCUGGCUCCUGUUUGCAGGCCUGCUGCCCACAGCUUCUUGGCCUACAGAAGAUGGCUAUGAAGCGAGAGACAAGGUUGCAGCCAAGCCCCAUGUCUACUGCGUGAGCAUCGGUGACUCCUGGAAUCUUCUGAAGAGUCUCCCUCUCUGCUGUGUGGUUCCUCUUCCUCGGCAUGUGCCCUUCUACAAGCCCUCUGUUACUUAAUCAGAAAUCGCCUGACCUUCACUUUUGCUCCUUACCAUCUCUCUGUACUUGCUAAUACUCCUCUCCUUUCUUCAUCUCUCUGUAUUCCUUUACCUUUCCUGUGGCUCUGCUCACCCAUCUACAUAGAAAGGCCAAGGUGACAGGGACUGGCAGUCAGCAAAGCACAUCACAGCAACAGUGACAGCCAUUUACUGAACACCUACUAUGUGCCAGGUGCUGUGCUGGGCACUGAGAACAGGGCAGUGAACAAAGCAGACCAAACCCAUACCCUCAGGGGAAGCUUACAUUGUACUGGGAGGAGACAGGCAAUAAAGAAGGUAAUACAGGAGACAGAAUGUCAAGUGAGGUUAAAUGCUUUGGAGGAAACUUAGGAAGGUGGAUGCAGAGCGUAUAGGGAUGGGAGCUGUACGUUUAGAUUAGUUGUUUAGAGAAGUCCUCACUGAGAAGUUGAUAUUUGCGUAAAGAUCAGAAGGAGGUGAGGGAGUGACCAGGAAGAUAUUUGGGGGAAGAGCCUUCCAGACAGAGCGAAUGGCAAGUGCACAGGCCCGGAGCUAAGACUGUGUCUGGCAGGUCUGAGGACAGGCCGGGAGGCCAGGGUGGCUCCAGGGGAGUGAGCGAGAAGGAAGGGGAACCGAUGGGGCAGGGUGUGGUGUGCUGGAUCCUUUGCACCACUCUGAGCAAGGGGGACAGCCACACACCUAUUUCCACCUGAAGCCCCCUCCACUUAUAAAGUGCUUUGAGGCCAAAUGGAUGAAUACUGUAAAAUGGGAAAUGCCCAUAGCCCAAAGGAGUUUUGUACCCAGCCACCUUUUUCCUUCAAUCACCAUGAAGUGGUAAGCCCCAUCUCUUCACCAUCCCCUUCUCUGGAAAGCAAAUGUGUUGAUCUGCCCUCCUGUCCCCCCACCCCCACUCUGUCUGUGAGAGCCUUGCCUGCCACCUGCCCCGUGACACUCCGCAGCACUUUGCCGAGGUGGAGGGAUGGCUAAGGCAUCUGAAAGUGGUUCAGUUGGGAGGAAGAGCUGAGGGAUGAUGCAUCUGACCUGUGCAAAACCAGAUUGGCUUCUGUAGUCGUUUUGCACAGAAAUCCAGAAUCUCAGCCGGAAUGUCAGUGGUGAGGAUGAGGGUGAGGGUGGGAGAGGGGAGCAGAGUUCCAGGUGGGGGGCGAGCGGUAGCCGCUGUUGCCUGGCGAGCCUGGGCAGCAGCAGCCAGGACCCAGGAGAGCCUGGCUGUGUCCUCCAGCAAGUUCUGCACCGCAGACACUCUGCAGUCACAUGGAGCCUGCUCACUGCAGUGCGAGGCACCUCUGACUCGCAGGCAUCGCUCGGCUUGGAAGGGAGAUGCUGCCGGGGGCUGGGAAGCUGUCUCCCAGGGCACCGGCAGUGGCACCUUUCCCUGCUGGCGGGGCUCAGGGCUGCCUGCUGGCAAGUGAAGAGGGAAUGCAGACCCUCACCAUCGGCCCUGGAAGGGGCCACGCCUACUUAUUUGGAGGGUCAUCUGCUGUUGUCCUUCUCUACGGUUCUUCGUCCUGCCUCUGGAGCUCUGCGCCACCAGGAGGGCUCAGGGACUGUCCUCCCUCCCCGUGACCCUCUGCAGUCCCCGUGGGGCACAGAAUAGGAAGAUCGGUUGCUCUGUGUUCCCUUUCGUUGGGGAAAAGUCAUUUUGCAUCCAAAACCUUGUUUGAUUCUCACAAUAACCUCGUGGAACAGGGAGGCAAGCUAUGGUUAUUCCCUUCUGGUGGAAUUUGGCCCCACGUCUCCUGGGUAUCAGCCAGACUCUCAAACCUCUGUUAACUACUAUAGAGCCUCUCUCCAUCCCCCCCCCGCCCCCCAAAUGAGUAUAGAGCACAGUUUGGGAAGAAAACUCAGGGUUCGUAUAUCCAGGUGAGCCUCAGCACAUGUGUCUCAUGAAGAUAGAGUUUGAUUUCUGCUGACACGUGCUGAGGGAUGCCUACCAGGACCCCUGUGCUUGCCUUGGGCCGCCGCUGAGGAUGCCCAGGAGCGACAGAGCCCUCAAGUACGGAUACCUGCCUGCUUCUGUGUGUGUGAGGGUGUUUUCUGAUUACAUAUGUUACAUAAACUCUAACAAAUGUAAUACAUACGUAACCAAAAAAAAGAAAAAUUCCCCCAAUUUCACCUCCACACCUACCCCAGGAUUACCACCAGCAGUGUCGUGGAUGUCUCUUCAGAUCGUUCUUGCUUUUCAUACUUUUCCCAAAUGAAUACAGGCCUGCAUUACUGCUUUCAAAAACCAAAAUAGGAUUGAACCAUAAAUAGUGUCCCACAUUUUUUUUUCUUAGUUAUAUAUCUUGGAGACGCUCUCCUAUCAGUACUUCCAGCUGCCUCUCCCAUGCGAUGGCGCAGGUCUUCUGUAGUAGAGAUGCCGGUGCAGCUGACGACAGCCCUGCGUGUGGUGGGCACCAGCCUGUUUGCCCUGGCGGUGCUGGGUGGCAUCCUGGCAGCUUAUGUAACAGGCUACCAGUUCAUUCACACAGAAAAGCAUUAUCUGUCCUUUGGCCUGUACGGUGCCAUCCUGGGCCUGCACCUGCUCAUCCAGAGCCUGUUUGCCUUCCUGGAGCACCGGCGCAUGCGGCGGGCAGGUCGGCCGCUGAAACUGCCAGCCCCGUCGCAGCGCUCCGUGGCACUCUGCAUUGCCGCCUACCAGGAGGACCCCGACUAUCUGCGCAAGUGCCUGCGCUCAGCCCAGCGCAUCGCCUUCCCUGACCUCAAGGUGGUCAUGGUGGUGGAUGGCAAUCGCCAGGAGGACGCCUACAUGCUGGACAUCUUCCAUGAGGUGCUAGGUGGCACUGAGCAAGCUGGCUUCUUUGUGUGGCGCAGCAACUUCCAUGAGGCGGGUGAGGGGGAGACCGAGGCCAGCCUUCAGGAGGGCAUGGACCGUGUGCGGGAUGUGGUGCGAACCAGCACCUUUUCGUGCAUCAUGCAGAAAUGGGGAGGCAAGCGAGAGGUCAUGUACACGGCUUUCAAGGCUCUUGGCGAUUCAGUGGACUACAUCCAGGUGUGUGACUCUGACACUGUGCUGGAUCCAGCCUGCACCAUCGAGAUGCUUCGAGUCCUGGAGGAGGACCCCCAAGUAGGGGGAGUUGGAGGAGAUGUCCAAAUCCUCAACAAGUAUGACUCGUGGAUCUCCUUCCUGAGCAGUGUGCGGUACUGGAUGGCCUUCAAUGUGGAGCGGGCCUGCCAGUCCUACUUUGGCUGUGUGCAGUGUAUUAGUGGGCCCUUGGGCAUGUACCGCAACAGCCUCCUCCAGCAAUUCCUGGAGGACUGGUACCAUCAGAAGUUCCUAGGCAGCAAGUGCAGCUUCGGAGAUGACCGCCACCUCACCAACCGAGUCCUGAGCCUCGGCUACCGGACUAAGUAUACAGCGCGCUCUAAGUGCCUCACAGAGACUCCCACUAAGUACCUCCGGUGGCUCAACCAGCAGACCCGCUGGAGCAAGUCUUACUUCCGGGAGUGGCUCUACAACUCUCUCUGGUUCCAUAAGCACCACCUCUGGAUGACCUACGAAUCAGUGGUCACAGGUUUCUUCCCCUUCUUCCUCAUUGCCACGGUCAUACAGCUUUUCUACCGAGGCCGCAUCUGGAAUAUUCUCCUCUUCCUGCUGACAGUGCAGCUGGUGGGCAUUAUCAAGGCUACCUAUGCCUGCUUCCUUCGGGGCAAUGCAGAAAUGAUCUUCAUGUCCCUCUAUUCCCUUCUCUAUAUGUCCAGCCUCCUGCCAGCCAAGAUCUUUGCCAUUGCUACCAUCAACAAGUCUGGCUGGGGCACUUCUGGCCGAAAAACCAUCGUGGUGAACUUCAUUGGCCUCAUCCCUGUGUCCAUCUGGGUGGCGGUCCUUCUAGGGGGCCUGGCCUAUACAGCUUAUUGCCAGGAUCUGUUCAGUGAGACGGAGCUAGCCUUCCUGGUUUCUGGGGCCAUCCUGUACGGCUGCUACUGGGUGGCCCUCCUCAUGUUGUAUCUGGCCAUAAUUGCCCGGCGAUGUGGGAAGAAGCCAGAGCAGUAUAGCUUAGCUUUUGCGGAGGUGUGACACAGCCCCCAAGCAGAGUGGGAA